AUCCAGGACCCAGUUAUCACGAUCAGUCCACUAAUGGGAUUUCUGCUGCCGCGCAGUCUACACCACAAAGGCGCCAAACAUUCCCGUCCGACCGCCCAUUGACGUCGGAGACUCGGACUCUCUCCUGUCGAAUGGCGAAGCAGAAGAAGAAGAAGAAGAAGAAGACCCUCGUACGGAGAAGAAGUCAUCAAUGGACUUCAAGGAUUCAGUGUCCGCGCCCAGGAGUGAAGAUUCUACGCCCCAUGCGUCGAGACACGCGAGCAUGAGCGAUCUUCGCGCCUCUCCCGACAUCGAAGAACCGGGAGCCCCUCCGUUCUUUUCGCCAAAACAGCAGCAGCGAUCUAGUUCAUCCCCUUUACCGGGCGCCAAGAUGGCAGUCGAUAUACAGCAGACCAUCCGACAAACCCUUGAUCCCCAUAUCAACGGUCAAGACAGUCCCGUCAUGAAUGAAACCCUCAGUGUGAUCGAUGAGCAUAUCACGGAUCUCAGCACUCCACGCCACAGUGUCACCGCUCAUGACCAAAAAACCAUCGCAAAUGAUUCCGCUAGCGAAUAUAGCAGUCACCUGGAUCACCGCAUGUCUUACAUUAACGGAGGAGGAGGAGGAGGGGGGCAAGAGGAGCAUGACGAGGAGGGCAACCCGCCUCCGGAGGAGGAGGAAGUCCGGAAUUGGACUCCAGUAGAAACCGCGAAACACCUACGGCACGUGGGGGUCGAAGAAAAGCACUGCGAGAUCUUCGAAGAGCAGGAAAUUGCCGGAGACGUGCUUUUGGACAUGAACCAGGAUUUCAUCUUCAUGAAGGAGUUUGAUUUUGGGGUGAUGGGUCGGCGAUUGAAAACCUGGCACAAGAUCAAGGCCUUCCAGGAGGAGGUUAAAGGCCUGAAAGAGGAGCAACAACGUCCCCUCAGUCGUACCGGUCAAACCGGUCCCCUUCGGCCUCGAAUGCCGAAUCUCAGGGGAUCGGUCAGUGGUGCCCAGCAUCCGCGACUGAUCAGCAGCAGCAGCAGCAGCAUGCCGAGCAGCAACCUGCAGAGCAACCCUAAUUCUCCCCUCACCCCGCAGACGCCACCCGGCCCCUUUAUGGAUCAUUCCCGACGACCAUCGGCGGCGUCAAUCCGGGAGAUCAAUCACUCCAGGCGCCAUUCAUCGUUGGACACCACCAGUCGAUAUUCAAUUGCGGGCGACGGCUCCCCUCACUUUGUUGUCCCGCAUCACCACAAGAAGAGCUCGUUUGAUCGGGGCUGGACCAUGUCGCGUGGAGCACAACCGCGCGGACCUCCCCGUCCAGGCACCGCUCUCGGCGCGUCCACGGCGGGAUCCUUCAGUCAUCAUCAACCUGUGCGGGGAUUGGAGUCAGCCAUGGCCCUAGCAGACGAGUUGGAUCGCGGAUAUUUCUCCGGCCCCGAAGUGGACACGCGAACGCAGCGCCGUUUCCUCCCCAUCCGAACAUCAGGAAACAGCAGCGCCCACUCCCUGCACUCGAAUAUCACCGAUGAACAGCAGCUUCGAGGUACCCCACGGCAUUCACGGAUGAGCAGUGCGGAAUCCAUUCCCGAUGAUGCGCCACCGAGUAAUGCGCGGAAUCCCGCAGCCACCUUCCCUCUUCCCGCAGCCAAGGGCCGGUUGCGCAGUCUGAGCACCCGAGUCACUGAGCGCCGUCCACAACAAUCCUCCUCCCGCACCAAACCGGGAUUUUUUGCUUCCUUGGUUCCGUUGGUGGGAAAAUCGGACCCGGACGGCGCGACGCGCUCGACCCCGCAACCCCUGCAGCAGAUCAAAAAUGCUGCACCCAAGUUUCGACGUGCGGUUGGCCUUCGCGCCAUGUCGGAUGUGAUUGGCAAGGGGAACGAUCCCUCGCCGCCCGUCCCAGCAUCCCCUGUGCACGAGGGAGACCGUACCUCCUCCAUCCGCACUGGAUCCACCACUCCCUCGACAUCGAAGAGCUCCGAAAGACACAGCACCGAUGGGUCCGGGAAGGCUGUCGAAGGCGGGGGGGGCAUUUCCUUGCCUCGCGCGCGACCCUCCCUCAAGGCAGCGGUGAAGUCCAAGAAGGACACGAGUGCCUACACGCGCGGACUGGAGAAAAAGUCGCCUCAGGAACAGAUGGCGGGAUGCGAGUUCUCCGGAUGGAUGAAGAAACGGUCCUCCAACCUGAUGACGACAUGGAAGCCCCGCCUGUUUGUCUUGCGAGGGCGUCGGCUUUCCUACUACUAUUCCGAAAACGACACUGAAGAACGCGGCCUGAUUGACAUCACAGCCCAUCGGGUGCUCCGCGCGGACAACGAUCCCAUUGUUGCCCUCCAUGCCACCAUCACCGGCGCCACAGUUUCGCCGUCCUCACCUGUCGGCGGCGAUUCGGUUUCCGACAAAGGCUCAACUUCGGAAUCCCAACGGGGAGGUCGGACGAGUGGGGAGGGAUCAUCAUCAUCAUCGUCGUCGUCAUCAUUUUUCUUCAAGCUGGUGCCGCCCAAGACGGGUACCUCUCGCACGGUGCAGUUCACCAAACCUGCGAUCCACUAUUUCCAGGUGGACGGUAUCCAAGACGGCCGACGAUGGAUGGCCGCACUGAUGAAGGCCACCAUUGAGCGGGACAUGGACCUGCCCCGAACCAUCAGUCUCAAGGAAGCCCAGCUGAUGAACCAGCGGCCACCCACCCUCAUGACCGAGGCUGACUCGGCAGCGGACCACUCCUCUGCCCAACCAGGACGGGGUUUAAUGAUCCAGGGUCUCAAUAUCGACCAAGUCGAGAGUCCUGUGGAGAUAGGGGACACGAACAACCAGAACAACUCCCUUGGGUGAGCUUGCUUGACAGGGGCGCCCUCACCUUUGCUCCCGAACUCUCUCCCCAGAUCGGGGUGAUAGAUAUAACUUGCUUUGAUCCGUUGCUUUUUUUUUCAGUACAUUUGCUCGGCUUCCUUUUUUUUUUUUUUUUUUU